GGCAAGGGUUACAGCCAUCAACAGAAGCGGCGACGUCCAUUUAAGCAGCCCCUGUUGAGCCUGCACGACAUCUCGCCGCGCAGAAGACACAUACACAACCAGUUCUUGGGGUCUCUGACCCCCAUCGCGCACUCGUACCUCUAUCGCCAUGUCUGCAAAUGGCGCUCACAAAGCCGGUCGCAAGCCCAGGUUGUUCGACAUUCGCAUCGUAGAGGACACACUCAAGGAACUGAACGAAAAGGAUGGCCUAACUGGGACCGUAUCAAUUAAGCUCAAGAAGCCGGCACCUCAACCCUCGAUUCCAGGCAACUGGAAGGAGAGUGAGACUCUCAAUAUCGAUGCCCCCAAACCUAACGAUACCGACUCUGCGCACCCUCUCGUCAACCCAGCCGACGAGAAGAUCCGAUCUGCCUUUCCAACAGGCCGGCCCCUCGAAGACAAAGUCGAUCUCGUACAAUGUAAACACUGCCGUCGUCCCGUUAACCGCGCCGCGGCCGCCAACCAUACCCGCGAUUGUCUGAACAAGAAGCAGGAGAAGCUUAAGAAGAAGAAGGAGGCGAAAGAAGCAAAGGAUGCAGCACUUCGGAAAGAGAAAGGUGAAGAUGAGGACGGUGGUAAGAAUGCUCGCAAAUCCGCCAUCAAGGGAGCGGUUGACGGCGACGGAGCUAAAAAGGGCAAGAAGAGGAAGAUUGACGCAGAUGCUGAGAAACCAAAUGCUAAAAAGAAGAAGAAGGACGAGCCGAAAGCGAAACCGGCGAAGACCAAGGGUCCGGUUGAUGUAGAGAGGCAGUGUGGUGUUGCGCUCCCGAAUGGUGGUUUCUGUGCGAGGAGUUUGACGUGCAAAAGUCACAGCAUGGGUUUGAAGAGAGCGGUUCCUGGCCGAAGUCUGCCAUAUGACAUGCUUCUGGCGCAAUAUCAGAAAAAGAACCAGGCAAAACAACAACGUGCUGCAAUAGACGCGAACGCGCCCUUGCCCGAGGAUCUCGAGCCCUCGGGUGCGGUUGACUCGGACGAAGAAAAGGAAGCCAUCAUGGCUGCACUCACUCGAUACCGUCCGCGACCAACGGCAACCUUUGUGCACGUGCCACAGAGGUCUAAGUACCAGUACAUCCGAAUGAAAGAUAUGCUCCGUUCUGCUCUCGGCGCACCACCUGGCGGCGGAACCAUGUUUUCGAAUCCUGCAGCAAAUCCUGACAUGGGAGCUAAUCGCGGACUAUCCUUGAGCACUAUGGGUGCACCCAACAGCGCGACUGCGGAGAACUUCCCAGGCAUGGGAUUCUCGACCCCCCUGAGUGCCGGCCUCGAUGGCUCUGCAGGCGGCCUCAACCCAGGCAGCAGACGACAAAGCUCCAUAGGCAUGGGAGUCUCCGGAAACGGCCCGCGGCAGAUUCUCCCAGGACAGUUACCAGGCCCCGGGCCGCAACAACGCAAAGGAAGCAUGGCGAGCGUUGCAAGCGCAGGCGCAUCAUAGACUUUCCUUCCCGGACUCUUUCGACGGGUUCGUCGUGUGUCGUUACUCCAAACACUUCUUCGUUAGCGCAUCAUCCCGUGGCUAGGGGAGCGUGCAGCAUACGGUGGUUUAUUUCUUCUUCUUUUUUGCGUUUUGAUCAUUUCACCACGGGGCUAGGGACAGGCGUUAGACACAUCAACAAAGAUACCCUCUUUUAUCGGGCCGGUCGUUCCAGAAGGACUCAUGGCUCAUGGAAUCACCGCUAUUAGUAAUUUUACAACAUUCAUGUACAACAAAGCAUUCAAGACGAUGGCGAUGGCGGAUGAAUGGAAGCGUGGCAUGACUUCAAGUAAAAACUCAUUCGAGUUUAGUCUAGACGAGAAUCAUUAUGAGCAGAUUGUGUGUGGGCUU